CGUACUUUGUGCCUCGCAGCGGAAGCAAAUUUACCGCGAACGUCAAAACCGCGAAUUCCUUUCUGCAUUCAGCACCCUUCUCUAGACCACCAUGGGGGCCUCUCAAUCCAGUCAAGCUCGUCCAGAGCAGGUGGUUUCUGCUCCAGAGUCCUCUACUUCUGUCUCAUUCUCGCCGUCCCUCAUUGAUCGGUUGUCCUCCCCUGCCUCGUCAAAAGAGCCGUCCGAGUCUACAGAUGACAUUGUCAGACGACGCCUAGCGGCUGAAUCCGCUCAUAUCCGAUCGCAAGAGGCUGAGAUCUUGUCCAAGAUCUCUGCUGCGCUUGAAAAAGAGAACUUGGACAAGGAGAAACCAGGCAUGUCAAGCGAGGUAUUAGGGAGAGAUAUCGAGGAGGUCAGGGAGAAAGUUGAGAGGAUGAAGAGGGAUAGGGAGGAAAAGGAGGGUGAGGGGAUCCGAAAGGCAAAGGAGGACAUUUUGCGGUGCUAUAGGGAAAAUGCGCAGAGACCGCUGGAUUGCUGGCGUGAGGUGGAGACCUUUAAGACUGAGGUCGCCAAGUUGGAAAAGGCAUUUGUCAAGUCGUUACAAUGAACUUGAAACAUGCAUAGAUGAUAAAGGGUCAUUCCUUUGAACCUUAGGCC